AUGCCUUUACAAGGGACCAAAACAACUCAACUUAUUUUGGUAUUCCUGACAAAAGCCAACCUGAUACCUAAAUUCAGUAAAAAUAUCAAAGAGCUCCCAGACCUAGAAAGAAGACUUAUUGAUGGGCAAAGAGCCACAAGAACCAAUGAAGAAUACAGUAGAACAGUGUACAACUAUGAUGGUCGCAGAAGAAUAGACAUAAAUUCUUCUCACUCUCCUCUGUUAAGAAACUCCCAAGUACAAAAGAACUGCCAAAAAGAACAAAAUGAGCUCUACAAGAUGAUAAUCAGCGGUGAAGAGGAACCUGCUGCUUCUAUUGGACUCUUGCUUAAUGAUAAUAAGCCAAAAAGCAAAGGCAGCAAGGGGAUUGAUUCUUAUGAUAAAGGACAUUAUGGAGACUACCCCAAGAAAACAGAAUUUGGAAGAUCCAAAACUAAGAAUUCCAGAGCUAUCUCAACCAAGUUAGGCAAAUCUAAAGUGAUAGAGAAAUAGAAAAGGAGUUUCAAGUCCUAAGCAACUUGCUCGUAUGAUGAAGAAGCAGGCUAGCUCAUUAAGCAACACCUCAACCCCUGUAAACAAGACCCAGAGCACCUCCUUCAAGACGAGAGGGUUCGCUUCUCGAGAGAACGAGAAACAAAUGAAAAACUAUCAAAAGAAGUUGCUCCAGCAAUCCAUAGCCAAUGAUCCGAUGGAGAAAGGCAUAAAGAAGAGCAAUCUGCCUACUAUAAAGCAGCAAAAAGUCAACGGAGCUCCUUCACUAAGACACAAGGCCAAGAACGAUAGCAAGACCAUUCUUGGAAAAGAUGGAAUUUCCAAAAAGCAAAGGCUGAAGAGAGACACCACCUCUGGCUCACAAAAGAAUAAAUACCAAACAGAAUAUAGCAAACUCAAGCAGGCUGGAGAUUUGAAAUGGAUGCCAAAAUUAUUAGUUGAUACCCCUUUCCUUGCUAAAAGAAUAAAGUUUAAAGACAGAUAUAAUGAGACGGACACCAAAUGGGCACAUCGGUUCUCAUUAAAAGAAGAUUUCAUUAGAAGAGAGCAGAUCAAGCACGUUGACAAAUUCCUUAAAAAUUCAAAAAUUGUGUAUGAUUACCUAGAAGACUCUCCAUAUUACAAGGAUUUGAGCAAAUAAAUACAUUGAUGAUAAGUUGCUACUCCAAACCUCAGGACGUGAGAGUAGCCAUAAUAACGCAAGGUUCAAGAUGAGAGGUCUGAGAAGAAAUAUUAUGAACACUGGACUUCCCAAACUUGACAAGAUCUACACAAGCCUAAACCCUUAUUAUGUACUUCAGGGAGAGGAAGAUACAACCUUGAUCUUCGAAAGCAGAUUCGAAUCAGGCAACCUUCGAAAAGCAGUGCAGCUCAGCGAGUUUGAAUAUGAUCUCUUCCUCAGGAAUGAUUAUAACUCUCAAGGGUACAUUCAAUGGUAUUUUUUCAAGUGUUCAAACAUUAAGGAAGGAGUAAAGUACACUUUCCAUCUAAAGAACUUCUUUAAAUCUGACUCACUUUACAACCAAGGAAUGAAGCCCCUUAUAUAUUCAAAGAAGAAGCAAGAAGAAGAUGGAAUCGGUUGGUAUAGAGGCGGAGAGAAUAUUUGAUAUUAUCAGAACAACACCAAGAAAAAGAACUCCUCUGGCUUUAUGUCUACUCUAACCUUCGAGAUUGAGUUUCUCUUUGACAACGAUGAGGUCUAUCUAUGCCACUGCUUCCCAUUCACCUACAGAGAUUGUAAGGAACACCUUGAGUCUAUCUGUAAUGAUAAUGAAGAGAAAGGAAGGAUCAAUAUGAAAUCCAAAAUCAGGAAGACCGAAAUGUGUAAAUCCCUAGCUGGCAACAGUUUGGAUUUAGUAAUUAUAACUAAUUUCACUUCCUCUGAACUUGAUAUUUCGAAAAGACAAGCUGCUAUAAUUACAGGAAGGGUUCACCCAGGGGAAUCUAAUUCCAGUUUUGUUGUACAAGGCAUCCUUGAUUUUUUAGUUGGGAACACAACCACAGCCAUUCAACUAAGAGAUAAAUAUGUAUUCAAAAUAAUCCCCAUGCUAAACCCAGACGGAGUCAUCCUGGGUAACUAUAGAUGCUCCCUCAGUGGGCAAGAUCUUAACAGACAAUGGAUUGGAGCCACUUCAAGAAUGUUUCCUGAGAUCUACAAUACCAAACUAAUGUUCAAGAAGACUCUAGAGAGCAGAAGGAUCUAUCUCUACGUUGACUGCCAUGGACAUUCAAGGAAGAAGAAUGCUUUCAUGUAUGGGUGAAAAUCUAAUGACCCUGAUGACAAGACUAUGAAGGUCUUCCCAUACAUCAUGUCAGAGAGUAACGGGGCCUUCUCCUUCGAUGAUUGCAACUUUAAUAUCCAAAAAGAUAAAGAAUCAACUGGAAGAGUUGUCGUAAAUCGUGAAUACAACGUGAACAAUAGUUUCACCCUGGAAGCAUCCUUUUUAGGUUCAGAUAUGGGAAAAUAUAAGGGUUGACAUUUCACCCCUACUCAAUUAAGAGACAUAGGAAAAGCAUUCUGUAUUGCUCUCAAUGAGUCUGAAUCAGGAGAAGUAGCGGAAAGUAUCCUUGAAACCCUAAAUGAACGUAAAGCAAGCAAGGCAGAUGAAUAA